AUGGCAGACAUAGACCCUGAGUCUGUUCCCUCCGACUUCUUUACGAAUACUUCAGUCCAAUCCUUCUCAUGGCAUGACCUUACGGUCAAUGUCAAGGACCGAAAAUCCAAGCUGCCCCUCACUAUUCUGGACUCUUGCAAUGGUAAAGUGAAAGCAGGCCAACUAGUUGCGCUGAUGGGCCCAAGCGGCAGUGGGAAGACAACAUUGCUCAAUGUCCUAGCAAUGCGAUCAAAGGUUCAGUGGGGAGGUCAAGUCUGUGUCAACUCCAAUUCGAUCACUAAAGUGAGCCUGCGUGGACUAUCGCGCUACGUUGAACAAGAGGACGCUCUCAUCGGCAGUUUGACAGUACGGGAGACGGUCGAUUUUUCGGCACGAUUGGCGCUCCAUGGUGUUCGCAAGGAAGUCAGGCUUGCUCUUGUCCAAUCGCUCAUCAAGUCUCUCGGUCUGCAGAAACAACAAGAUACAUUCAUUGGAACUCCAAUCAGGAAAGGCAUCAGCGGUGGCCAAAAACGACGUGUGAGCGUUGCCAGCCAGCUGGUCACUUCACCCAAGGUCCUGUUCCUUGACGAGCCAACCAGCGGCCUAGACUCUGCCGCAAGCUACGAAGUGAUGAAAAUGAUCUCGGAAGUAACCAAAAGACACAACUUGAUUGUCAUCGCCGCCAUUCAUCAGCCUUCUACCACGACAUUUGAACUCUUCGACAAAUUACUUCUGUUGUCUCAUGGCAAAACGUGCUAUUUUGGUCCCAUCGAACAAGUUGUGCCAUAUUUUGAACAUGUUGCUCCUAUUCCGAGGCAGACGAAUCCUGCCGAGUUUCUGCUGGAUCUUGUAAAUACGGAUUUCACUGAUAUGCCAUCGGGAAAGGUGGACCUGGAGAAAAUUCAUGAUUAUUGGACCAAGUCAGAGAUGCAUCAUUCUCUCCAACUAAUGCUUGUCAAUGAGAAACCAAAUGAAGCCGGAUCCCUAGAUCACAUACAGUCAUCGAGUCAUGGUUCACAACUUGCUGCACCGAUGGUUUUGCUGCACCGGAACUUCAUCAAGUCUUACCGCGACCUUCUAGCAUACGGUACACGCGUUGCUAUGUACACGGGCUUGGCAAUCUUGAUGGGUACAGUCUGGCUUCGUCUGGAUUACACUCAGUCAUCUAUCCAGCCAUUUAUCAAUGCGCUCUUCUUUGGUGGGGCUUUCAUGUCGUUCAUGGCGGUCGCAUACGUACCAAGUCUCAUCGAAGACAUCUGGACUUUCAAUAAAGAGUACGCAAAUGGUCUUUACGGACCUCUGAGCUUCAUGGUUUCGAACUUUUUGAUUGGGAUUCCCUGGCUGCUGUUGAUCACCUUGAUCUUCAGUGUGAUCACUUACUGGCUUUCAAACUUUCACCAGACAGCCGAGGGAUUCUGGAUCUGGGUUCUUUUCCUAUUCCUGGACUUGCUGGCAGCUGAGAGCCUCGUGAUGCUUCUUAGUGCGAUAUUCCCCAUAUUUGUGGUCGCUUUAGCGGCCAUCGCGUUCGCGAAUGGGCUGUGGAUGAGUGUGGGAGGAUUCCUCGUACCACUCGGUAAACUUAAUGUAUUCUGGAAAUAUGUCUUUCAUUAUAUUGACUAUCAGGCAUACGUUUUUCAAGCAAUGAUGGUCAAUCAGUUCAAGAAUACUGUUUACAGCUGUGAUUUAUCUGGAGAAUCGAGUUAUUAUUGCAUGUACAAGAGUGAUCUUGAAAGUCAGGGCAAGAUCAGGGGUACUGCAAUUUUGGAGGCUUAUAAGUAUUCUUCCGAGGACGGCAAAACCUGGCACUGGUUUGGCAUAAUGCUGGCCAUUAUUGUCGGCUACAGACUCCUCGGCUUUUUGGCCUUGUGGGCUCGUAUUCGGGGCUCUCGCUAG